AUGGCGAAAGAUCUAACAACGACCGUAUAUGAGCCUAUCCAACCCGAGGGUCUGGCGCUCACUCUGAUGGUGGUAACUAUUGUGUUCACGGCUUUGUCAAGCUUUGUUGUACUCUUGCGAUUCUAUGUUCGCGUCUCACUCGGCCUUUUUUCCUUUGAGGAUUGGCUGAUGCUUGCGGGAUGGAUCAUUAACCUCGGUCACAAUGCUGCUGUUAUCGUUCUUUCAUAUAGUGGCAUCGGGUCGCACGACGAUGUCAUUACGGUCGGCAUGAUGUUCCAUAUGGGACUCUGGACGAUUAUUUGGCAGUUCCUUUACGUCUUGGAUGGUGCACUCAUCAAAUCAAGCAUCAUCUGGACUCUCUUCCGGCUGGCGAAAGGACUGAAUAAAAUGUAUACGCGCAUCCUAUGGGCAUUAUUCAUCCUGGGAUGGGUUGUUUGGCAAAUUUCCUGGCCUGUUGCUAUCUUCCAAUGCAAGCCUGUGUCAGCGGCGUGGGGCGAGCCAGGAGACUGUACAUCGGGUCAGACAGUCAUUCUCAAUGUGUCCUACUUCGUCUCGGCGGCCAAUAUCUUUACCGAUUUCAGCACCUCACUGGUGCCUAUUUUCCUGCUCCGCCAUGUGCAGAUACCCAAGAAACUGAAGAUCAUAACGAUGGGCAUUCUGUCCUUAGGUGUACUGGCGUCGGUGGCUACAAUCAUUCGCAUCAGCUACACAUGGGCUUAUACUGCGACCAGUGAACGAUACUAUACGAUCGCCAAGAUUGUCAUGUUGACUGUGCUUGAGUGCGAUUUGGGUAUUAUCGCUGGAUCCAUGCCCAUGUUGCGCCAUCUCUUGCGU